GUUCGGCCUCCGCCGCUUCCCCCCAACGCCCGUUGCCUCCGAGCGCCGCUCGCCUUGUCCGUCUCUCUCUCUCUCUCUUCGGAGCCAUGGCUGGGGGGGCGCCUGUCCAGCAGGCUAUGGAGUGUGAUGCGGAGCCAAGGUCUCUGCUGCCUUUCCAGUCCCUUGUGAACCUCAAGCAGGCCACUACGCGGGACAUGCAGGUGCAAACGUCUGAGGCUUCCAUGUGGGCGGCGGUGGCGGCCAUCCAGGCCAUCGACAAAACGGUUGACAACCACACCAUGCGCUUGCUGCGCUUGGAGGGCAGGAUGGGGUCAGCAGAGAAGAAGCUGGGAGCCUGUCAAAAGACCUCAACCGAAAUGGAGAACCAGCUGGAGAGCAAGUGGGCUGCGCUGGGGACCUUAACUGAGGAGUACAGGCAGCUCCAGAAGAGACUGGAGAAUGUGGAGAAUCUGCUGAAGAAUCGGAACUUCUGGAUCCUGAGAUUCCCCCCUGGUGUGAAGGGAGAAACGCCCAAGGUUCCAGUGACCUUCAAUGACCUCUCAGUCCAUUUCAAUGAGAAGGAAUGGGGAGACCUGGACGAGUUGCAGAAAGAGUUGUACAAGACAGUCAUGAAAAGCAACUACGAGAUGCUGGUCUCGCUGGACUAUGCCGUCGCCAAGCCAGAGAUCCUGACUCGGAUUGAGCAGGGAGAAGAGUUGUGUGAGAAAGGACUUGGAGAUUCAGAAGGCAGUGGUGUCCCUGAACAACUUGACGCAGACUGCCCCACUGCUCCAGUCGAUGUUUCUUUGUGGCUUAAACAAGAGGUGGAGGAAUCCCAGAAUGGGGAGGCUAAGCUUCCUGAGGAGACGAGCAAUGGCUACCACAUGGGUUCUCCCAUGGAUAUAGUAGAGUCAUCCUCGUGGAUUAAAGAGGAAGUGGAAGAGGUGUGCUUUGCUCCUGAGGAUGGCCAGGAAAGAGACCUCGGCCACAAAGGCAGCCUGGAAUAUCAAACUGUCACGGUGGACGAAGAGCACAUGGCGGAACCCCAGGAAGGCAUGUGUGUGCAGGAGCCGUUGUUCCUUGGUGAAGGGCCUAGCACUGCAGAACAAGAAACUUCAGCAGAGACACAGGAAGACGGAAGCCGCCGGAAGCCGGACUUGCUCAUUGACCUGUCGGGAAGAACCACCCCUCCCAGCCCUGGGCACAGCCUUGCCUGUGGCGCUGAGCCUGGUGCCCAGCCCCAGCCCACCAAGGAGGAGCCGGAGAACUUUAUGCAGGAGCUGUACUCCUACCUGGAGUGCGGGAAACGCUUUGGGAACGAGCGGUCUCUGCUGGACCACGAGACGCCCCACCCCUUCCAGUGCCUGGAAUGCCACAAGAGCUUUGGCUGGGAGGACGAGCGCCAGCCGGACAGCCACCCCCCUGCCACCUGCCCCGAAUGCACCCAGCGCCUGCGCAAGAAGCGCUCCAGCCUGGCGCACGUGGCAGACGCCCAGCCCUUCGCCUGCGCCACCUGCGGCGCCACGUUCAGCCAGUGGUCGAUGCAGCUCCUGCACCAGAAGUGCCAUGUGCCCCACAGCCACUCCUGCGGCGACUGCGGGGCUGGGGCCGGGUCGGCGCAGGAGCUCCAGCGGCACCGGAGGGCCCACGCCGUGGUGGGCAGGGCCCACUCCUGCCUCAACUGCCCCUGCAGCUUCCUCUCCUCCUCGGAGCUAGCCGCCCACCGCCGGACGCACACCUCCAGCUGGCCGUUCACCUGCAGCUGGUGCCAGAGCACGUUUGCCAGCCGCAAGGUGCUCUCUGAACACCAGGAGCUGCACGUGGCGGCGGCGAGGAAGGUGCUGCCCCACGUCAAGCUCAGCUUCAGCUUCAACUGGCGCGAGUUCCUGGCGGAACAGAUGAAGCACUGCCUGCACUCCAGCUGCUCCCCGCGGCAGGCGCUCACCGAACUACUGCAGAAGAACUCAGAGCUGUGGCCCUACCCGUGCGCAGAGUGCGGCACCCACUUCUUCAACCAGUGGGCCCUUGCCAACCACAGGUGCGCUCCCUCGCCAAAGGUCGUGGCAGGGGGUGGCAGCGUGCUUUGGCAGGGGGCAGGCGCGGAUCUGCCCCCAGCCGCGUUCCAGUGCCCCUCCUGCGGCCUGGGCUUCCCCCAGGAAGAGUUGCUGGCACAGCACCUGCCCAGACACAGCGGUGAAGGGCGCCCUUUCCAGUGCCCCCACUGCAAGAACAGCUACCUGUGCAAGGAGGCUCUGGCUGGCCACGUGCAAAGCCACUUCACCUGGCGGCCGGCCCACUGCUACAUCUGCGACCGGGAUUUUGCCCAGCCGGAGGAGCUGGUGGAGCACCUCAGCACCCACGUGGUGGAGCACCCCUACAAGUGCGGCCGCUGCCACAAGAGCUUCCUGAGCCCCUUCCUGCUAGGCAAACACUUCCAGCAGGAACAUGCUGCCCUGGGCUAGCCUCCCGUCCGCAACCGGUUCGCUCAACCUGAGCUGCUGGAAAGAGCACCUGCUGUCCCACGCUGCCAGGGACCCCUUCCAGGGCGAUUGGGGCGAGAGAGGCUGUUCUUGCCGGCGCUGCUGGGGGAGCAUGGGAGGAAGCGUGCAGAAGAGGAGUCGUGCCUGGCGCAAACGGGGAAAAAGACAGAAAAGUCUUCUCUAACUGGCUGCAGAAAGGGUUCCCCAAACUGAACGUGGCUGGAAAAGACUUUGCUCAGGUGGAAAGGGCUGCCUGGCUCUCGAAGGGUCUCUGGUUCACCUUCCUCUUCUUCCUCCUCCCCGCUGCGAUCUUUUAGUGUCGCUCUCAGACUGUGCUGUCGCUGCGGGAGUUGCAAUCAAUUAACUGGCAAAUCACCUCCCGCAUAUAGGUCCUGAGGUCUGCUUUGAGGUCCUUUAACAAUCACGUGGUGUGCAUUUUAUAUGCAUCCUCAAAACAGGCAAAAGGAUUUUCAAAAGCAGGACGAGAACAACCGAGCAUAGGUUUAAAAGCAACGCAAAAUCAACGGCUAAGGCAGAGAACUUUUCUCCUAGCUUGGAAAGCUUGUUGAAACUCUCAUGUUCUCACUUGUUUCUGGAAGGGGCAGAGAGGGGGCUCUUCUGGGGGUUCGACCUGCGGUGCUGUGGCGUGUUUAAAUGUCUGCAGCCACGUGGGUGAGACAGAUUGCAGGGUGCUCUUUUAUCUAGGGGAGAUCCAUGGGGUUGACUCCUUUACGGAUUGUGGGCCCCUGAGAAAAGUGCCUCCCUCAGUGGUCCUGUGAUGAGAUUCUUCCGUUCCAUUUGGAAUGGUUUUAUGUGGUUUGUAGUACUAAUGAGUUUAAUUUUUUUUUUUUAAAUGGCAUAGUCUGUUGUUGUAACCUGCCCGGGGACCUAAUAAAUAAAUCUUAUAAAUACCUGUAGCGCUUGAAGAGCCUUUUGGAGUUGGGCGCAUCAGUCCCUGAACGAACAGCGCUGUCUUUCCAGCAAGGCUGUGGCAGUUGCACUCCAGAAACCUGCAGUGUCCUCUUUUUGCGGGACUCUGGAACACAGGUCACCAGGGUGCCGUGCUAGAACACAACAAGCACAGGGGUUGCAGGGCGAGACAGCUGGAGCGAACACACCCAUGCUCACACGAAAAUUUUUGCAGGAAGUUUCAGAAGCCGGAAAGCCUGACCUUUUCUCUGUUUCGGAGCCUGCAAAAGGGUUGUAUUACGGCAGCAACAGAAGUGUGGGAGAUGGGGGAGGUAGCGUGCUCUGUUCCCUUCUGAGCAGCCCAGUGCCCUCCGGAUUUAUUUAUUUUUUGGACUACAACUCCCAUCAGCCCCUGGCAUUGGCUGAUGGGAACUGUAGUCAGAAACAUCUGGAGGCCAUGCUGGCUACCUGACAAAAGGGCGGCUUCAGCUUAAAGAGCUGCGUUUCAGAGAUCAUUUUACUAGACAUCUUUUCAUGGAAAGGCUUUUGCUCAUGCAGUCGUACUGCGACCAGUAAGUUCAUUCUCAUCACCUUCUUUUCAGGAGCUAUAAGGAGCAUGAAAUUGGGCACAGCUUGAUCAAGAUUUUUAUUUUAUUUAAUUUAUUGUUUAUAUACUGCCCUAUGCCCACAGGUCUCAGACCCAAGCCUGAGCUUCCACAGUUGCUGCCCGCCAUAAAACACCAUUGACAGGAUGGGCAGCAACAGCUGCAGAAACGUUCUACGCGAGAACAUUUUAUGCUCUUGCUAACAAUGCUCUUUGAAAUGUGCAUUUUCUAUUUGACUUCCUUUCGUAAUGUUUUCCUUUGAAAUGCCUUAACAUAUUUUUUUGUUAACUUCACUGCGUCAAAUGUGCAUUCCUUUGUAUUACUUUUAUUUUGGAACCUUUCAGAUAAUAUUUCAGUUUCCUGUUAAUUAAAGUAUGCUUUAGAUGUACACUUUGUAUUUGACUUUCUUUUGUAGUGUUUUCUUCUGGAUUGUUUUCUUUGAGGUUUUAAUGUAUUUCCCCCCCUUAAAAAUACAAAGCAGUAGAGAAAUGAAAUAAAUAACAACAAUACGAACAA